AUGGCGGGGACCCAAAACGAUGAGGGAGUUGUCAGGAGUGACUAUUACGCUCUUCUGAACGUCGAUAGAAAGGCUACGGUGGACGAGAUCAACAACGCGUUCCGUCACCUCAGCAAGAUCUACCAUCCAGACAAACAUGUCGACCCGGUGCAGAAGAAGAAAGCAGAGGACGUGUUCAACAAGCUCCGGAAGGCACAUGAUG